AUGAGGUGUGGCUCCCUUGGUAAGGCAGAGUGGUCUCGCCUGGACACGCUUCGCCCACUCAUCAAGCGGACCCUCUACCUGCCUGCCAACGCUGCUAACGACUACCUAUACGGUAGCUCCGCAGCGGGUGCCAUUGGCAUUCCUGUGGCGGCAGAAGUCAGUGACAUCUGCAGAAUUGACAAUGCUUUCAAACUUCUUUCCUCUGCAGACACUGAAGUCCAGGACCUGGCACUGCAGGCGCUGACCGUCGUGACAUGCAAAAGGCUGAGGCGCAUUGCAGAACCGGGUGACAUGGACGCCUACCUGAGCGGCGAGACUGAGGGUGACUUCCGGGCCACGGCGACGCAGCUCCAGUCCGUGUGGACGGAGGCCCGCAAGGCUUCUCGGCGUCUUGGUGUCACCUGGGAAUUCGAACAAGACGGCCCCCGUAUCUCCAGGGGUGACAUAACACUUGGCCCGAGGAAGCGUACUAAGGUGGUGAAGACACUCCGGACGGCACUGGCAAACGCACGAGAUCACGAUCUCCACCAAAAACCCAGUCAGGGGAAAGUGAUGGAGUGCGUUGCCGCCGACCGGAGCAGUUCCCACUUUGUACGUACCGGCCAAUUCACGAGGUUUGCCGACUGGCGUUUCGUUCACCGGGCCCGACUCAAUGUCGUUCCCCUGAACGCAGCGAGGCCAUGGGCUACGGCCGUGGACCAACGGUGUAGGAUUUGUGGCGGUCAACCAGAGACCUUGCCACAUGUCCUGUGUCACUGCAUGACUCACAGUCAAGCAUACACCAACCGCCACAACCAGAUCGUGAACCGAGUGAAAGCCGCUGCCUCCGCCAAGUUCACUGUCACCCACGAGAAUCGACCAGUAGGUAAUACUAAUCUCCGUCCUGACCUUGUGCUUUGCAGGGGCGAGGAGGCGAUCAUCAUCGAUGUAACCUGCCCGUUCGAGAACCGGCCUGCAGCCCUGAACGCGGCCCGCCAGGGGAAGGAGGAGAAGUACCAGCCAGUCCGGGAGUACCUGCUGCGGAAAUUCCAGAAAGUGACCGUGGAAGCCAUCAUCGUCGGAGCACUUGGAUCGUGGGAUCCCCGAAACGACCGGAUCAUGCGCCGCUUCUGCAGCCGCAAAUACCUGCGGCUGUUCAAGAAACUCGCCGUGAGCGAGACAAUCGCUGCAUCACGAGACAUCUAUGCAGCGCACAUCGCAGCCAAGUGA